CGCUCACAGUUCUCCGCACAGGCCUCAUGGGCUUUUACAGUACAUCGGUGUGCUCAUGGGUCCAGCCGUUCUUGUUGAGAUGUCUGCCAAGAGUAAAUCUCUUGUGCUACUAUCUUCUGCUAUUCAAGCCUAUCUCAAUGAAGGCAGUUCAGAUAUGUCUGUCUUCUCUAUGGAGUACAUUGACACUGCUCUGAAGGAGUUUCGGCGCGAAAUCGUGGUCCACUACGACGUCAUGCCAGCUGCCACAGCCUGCUCUGGCGUAUUACUCUGUGAUCUCCAAGGAAGUCGCUCCGGCGAUAACCAACUAAUUCCGGCGGACCCUAGGAUCCAUCACAUGGUGCCUAUUGAAUGAAGAUAUCCAGACAUGGCAUAGAUCUUUCAGCUAAUCGAAGGGAUAUCAACAGUUCCUUCAAGCUCAGCCAUGUACACCGGUCAUUGGCCUACUCGCCGAGACCUUUCAUUUGAAUACUUCCAUGGCAUAUCUUAAACCCAAUCCCGAGCAUGACCUCUCAGUGCGACAUGCCUUGGAGUUCAUCGGCCUCAUGGACAUGCCCUGCCUCGUACUGGGGAGACAAUGCCCCUCCAUGGGUAUUUGGCGACGUUUUCGAAAAGUUCAAGACUCCUGGAAGGGCGGAAGGGUUGGGGAUUUGGAGGUCGUCACCGGUGUACCACAAUCGCUCCUCGACAUCUUCUCCGACACACCUUUCGAGACAGCUGAAGUUUCCAUCAGUCGUUUUUGGGGAUGGCCAGGUGAAAUGGGUGAAUAUGUUCAGUGCUUGUUGUGGGAUUGCUGGCGGUUUGCCGGACUGCUUCACAUCCGCAGACGCGAACAACGCAGAAACGCCGCGCGAAAAGAUGCCCAAUUCGUCGGCGACGAUCAGCAGGACGCGUCACCGAGUUCAGAAAUUGUCUUGUAUCGUCUGAUAUCAGGACUUCACCUCUCUGAUGUGGCGUGCCAGCUGCCUGAGAACCAGCAUCUAUUGUGCCGAAAUGGCAUCGUAUUCCCUCUGAUAACGGCAUGCCUCGAGACCAGGCUCCUCAAGCGACAUCCUGACUGGAAGCAAACCGUGGAUGAAGUACGCGCGGCUGCCGAGAAGAGAUAUCUCUUCCAACUAGCGAAAGCUACUUGGGAGGUUCUUGACGAGGCUUGGAAGGAUGAGACAAUGGAAUUUGAUGUGGAUGCAGCAAUUGCACGGAAAGGCCAGGAAGUGUCAUUAUUGUAAAUUAUUAGGGUUCCUUUGAGCAUUCUGGAGCGUAUUUAUUGCAACAUGAUCU